AUGGAUUAAUAGGACUAACUCAGGAAUAAAAAAAAACGAUUAACAAUUUCAAAGGAAUUGGCAUAAAGAAAGUAAAGCAUAAUUUAGUAAUUUUAAUGUAUUCUUUGUCUUAAUUUUGAUUAGCUGGCACUCAAAUAAUAAAGUAAGAUUCUUCAUCCAAAUCGAUAAAACAAGAAAAUUAGAAUAGAAAAGAAUCUAGAGAUGCAUCAUUAAUUUCUCCUUCAUCUUUCGAAAAAUAAAUAAUGUUUUUUAUUUUCUUUUAAAAGUAGAAAAUAAAAAGAUAAGGAGUCAGAUGAAAUAGAAGAGUACGAUCUAAAUUCAUCAGAUUAUUCAGAAGAAACCAUAUUAACCAUUCAAUAUGUUUCAUAUGAAUCAAGAAGAACAUCGAAAAAGUUUAUUUAGACGCUCAAUGAAAAAAGUUAGAAUUUAAAUUCACAAUUUGAUCAAACGAUAAAGGAAGCUAAAGACGAAUCUCAACUAUUGAAAUUCGCUAAUCUAUUUUAAUUGGAUUAAGAAGAAUCAUAAGAAAAUGAAAUUGCAUACAAGAAAAUUGUCAAAAGAUAUGAUAAACUCUAUGUGCGAAACCCAUUUCAAGAUCCUUACUACAUAUAACUAGUACCAUUAACUGGUCUGAGUAGGUUAAUUUAUGAAUUAAAGGUAAAAAUCUAAUUAUAAUAUUGAGAAAUAUUAAGAUAAUGUGAAAUUUUUGUAAAUUCGCAAAACCUUAGUUUUUAUAUCCUUAGUGUUCCCCAUCUUAGCCAAAGAGAUGAUGAAGAGUAGACUCUACAAAAUUUUGAUGACCAUUUUGAUAUUAUUUAAUGUUGUCCUAUUUAUCAUCGUUAAGACACAACAUCGAGAAGAUACUUUCUAAAUAGAGCAGGUAAUAACAAUAUUAUUUAUAAUUGAAAUUAUGGUUAGAAUAUUUGUUUCUGGAUUUUUCUUUACAAAAAAUGCCUUCUUUAGAAAUAUAUAGGAUAUUUAUGAUUUCACAUUGAUAUUUGCAACUACAAUUAAUCUAUAUUAUCCAGAAAUUUUCAUAAUUGAUAUUUCACCAUUAAGAAUGAUUACAUUGCUUUUCUAUUUAGGAGACAUAUUUGUUGGGCUGGGUGUCAUGCUUUUAGCUCUCAAGUAGUCAAUUAAAUUUUUAUUGGAAGCUCUGAUGAUAGUUGGACUCUUUUCGUUAUUCUUUGCAAUUUGUGGGGUUUUUCUAUUUUAAGGAUUAUUCAACUUCAGAUGCGAGUAUGAUAAUGGUGAUGAAACAGAUGGUUGGGUUCAAUGCAAUUAAAAUCAAUGUUACGAAGAUGGUAUGACCUGUAAGUAUACUGAAUAAACUCCUAAAAUGCCAACAUCAUUUAAUAAUGUGAUCUACUCAUAUGGUUAAAUUUUGAGAACAAUUACUAUGGAUGAUUGGAGCUGGGUAAUGUUCUUCACUAUGAGAAUAUACCAUCCUUAAGUAUGGAUCUACUAUUUAGGCAUUAUAUUUCUAUGUGGGUUUUUUGGUUUCAAUUUGGUUAUUGCUGUGUUAAAGACUCAUUAUGCAGAGACAGCAGAGGAAAGUGAAAAGCAAUAAGAAAAACUAAGGAUUGAUAAAUUGAUUAAGGAUAAUUAAGAAUAUCCCGAAAGAGAAUUAGUGAAUGUCUUUGAUGUAGCCUUCUUGAGAUAUAUUGGAUUUUUUGCAACCAUUCAAAAAUAUCGAGAAUCCUUUCAAAGAAGAUCUAUAAUAAGUUGGAAUCUAGAAAGUGAAGCUUAAUUAAAUAAAGCUGUCACUGAAGCACGAACCUUAUCAGCCGCAUAGAAAAAGUUGAGUAACCAAUAUGUAAACAAUAAAUAAUAUUUCAUAGAAUGGAGAAAAUCAAAGUUUUUAUAAUAGGAUAAAGGAACUUACAUUGAAGAAUAUGUUAUUAACUAAAUUUCGUUUAUUAAAAUUAUAGUAGAAAAAAAUAAAUAUUAAAAAGUAUUCAGAUGAUCCAAUUGAAUUAGAAAUUUUAUAAAAAUUGUAGAAUAUAUCAUAUUCCUGUUUAUAAUCCUAAGUGAAUACGUAAAUCGAAUAUUAAUUUACAAGUUAACAUGAUAUAUUGUUAAAGCUAAUGUAUAUUAUAAUUUAAUGAAUUUUAGUGAGAUUGAUUUAGCACUAUAAGAGGAAAGGAAAUUCAACCCAGAAAAAUUAAGAAAAAUUAAAUUUAAACAUUAAUAUCCUGAUUGGUAGAGUCAAGUGCAAAAGAUAAAAAAGUAAGCCUAAAGGUCUAUAGAAAUUAAGAGCAAUAAGUUUCCUUGUAAAUAUAAAAAACAUAAUAAAUGGAAAACCAUAAUAAAGCUUGAAGAUGAUAAGGAACAUGAAACAAGUAAAAAUUCAAUUGAUGCUUUUGAAAGAUCUACUGAGAAGAAAUUUAAUUUUUGUUUUGAUAAAAAUGUUUCAAUUAAAAAAAAAUCAAAAAGAUUUGUAAAAUAAGUUAAUGGUUAAAAUGUUGUUUAUGUUCAAGGUUAUUACCUUACUUAUUAAGAAAUAUGUGUUAAAAUAAAUACCAAAAUACCAAAAAUCAAAGAUAACUAAACUAGCAAUCAAUUUAAAUAUAGAAAAAUAAGAGAGAAGGAAGUUUAAAAUGGAAAAUUGAUUAAUUCAAGCAAUUGGUCUGGUAAGGAUGUCUUAAUUAUAAAUGCUAAGAAACUAUAGAUGUUUAGUCACAUAUUCCUUUAACUUAACCAAAAAGAUAUUAUCAUAUGGAUGAAAGGUCUAAAAGGAAUGCUUUUAAAUUUUAAAAAACAUACAUAUAGAAUAAUUACUAGCUCAACUAGUUAAACCUUUUUUGAUUUAAUAAUUUUUAUAAAUUUCACUUUUUUAGCACUUUGGAACAUUGUUAAUUCUAGUACUAUUCAUUCAGUUGAGAAUGUUUCAACAAUAAUACUAUCAAUUGAAUUAAUUCUGAGAUUGAUAUCAAUUCCAACCAAACAGUUUACAAGUAAUCCUAAUUUCUUGGUUUAAGCAGCAAUUGUAAUUUUAAAUAUCAUUGAAUUAAUUGUAAAGGAUUUAUUAAUUGGUUUGGGAGAAUAGAACUUGAGAUUAAUUAGAGGUACUAAAUGCUUGUUAUUUUAUCGUUGUCUGAAAUAUAAUGCAAUGGCUGUCAAAAUUGGGCAUAUAGCAUCCUUGACCUUUAAACAAUAUAUUUAUUUGACUUUUUUAAUGUUCUUAGUCAUUUUUAUGUAUGCUUUGGUUGGUAUGGAAAUGUAUGCUAGUGAGUUCUCUUAGACAGAUUCAUUAGGAUAAUUACAUUCAUAUGAUAACAUUUUUAAAGCAUUUAUGACUAUAUUCAACAUAAUGACUAAUGAUGAUUGGUAUGGAGUCUAUGUAAUGGGUAGUGAUUUAAAUUAGAGUUUCGCUUUAAUAUAUUCAUACUCGAUGGUUAUCAUAUUGAAUUAUCUAACUUAUGGUUUGUUUAUGGCUAUUCUACUUGAUGGUUUUGGAAAGUAUCUAAAUUAAUCAAUUGAUAAUACUCACAUAUUUUAGUCUGAAGAUCAUGCUCAAUUGACAUUAAAUUCAAAUGAGGAAUUGGAGUAGCAAAUUUAAUAAACAAUUUUCAGUCCUUAAGUCUCUCAAACUAAUAUAAUGUUGGAGCAAACAUAAAUACAAGGAAAAUCAAAGGUAGGCCUCAUUACGAACUUUCUUAAAUCCAUAAGUAAAUAUAGUUAUUAAAUUAUUGUAGAAGCUUUGAAUAAAGAAUUACUGAAUAAAUCGCCUAAACUCUAUAUGGGAAUCGAGUGUCAAACGUCUCUUUACAUUUUUGAAAAGAAAAACUACUUCAGAAAAAUGUGCACUAGAUUAGCCACCUCAAAAUCUUAUAUAUACUUUAUGGAUUUAAUUUUGUAUGCCUCCUUAAUUACAUUUAUAAUGAAUACAUAUUAUGACUAUGAAGAUACUAGCAAUACUAUUUGUGACUAAAUUUAGCUGAUUAUCAACAUCCAAAUUUUUUUAGACAUAUUGAUUAAUAUCAUAGCGAAGGGCUUAUUUUUAGAUAAAGGAUCUUACUUUGUAUCAGUAUGGUAGAUUUUAGACGUAAUAUACAUCAUAUCACAUUUCAUAACAUUUAAUAAUUCUGCAGAUAAUGAUGCCAAGAUAUUUGAUCUUUGUUUGUACUUAGGGUAUUUAAGACCGAUGAAAUUGUUAUUUAGAAUAAGUUGGCUGACUCAAUUAAGAAUAGCAUUAGGAUAUUCUUUGGUAGAUAUAACAAAUGUAUUGAUUACGAUGUUGGCAGUGUGGAUCAUGUUCGGAGUGUAUGCGAUUAUAUUGUAUGAAGGACAAUUUGGAUUUUGUGAAGAUAAAAUGAAUUUCAAUGUUAAUUAUGAAUAAUGUAUAAAAGAGAAUAGAAAUUGGAUUAAUUACAAACACAAUUUUGAUAAUAUAACAGUUGCAAUACCUUCUUUGUUUGUGACAUCAACAUUAGAUGGAUGGGGAGAAAUAUAUCAAAUUGCUGAGAACAGUUAAUCUGCUGAUGUUGGCCCAUAAGCAUUCAAUAAUUAUGUGUACACAUAUUUCUUCUUUAUUAUUUUCGUCUUUUUAGGUUCAAUGUUCUUUUUGAGUUUGUUUACAGGGGUAUUGUAUUCAAAUUUGAAAGAAAAUCAAUAAAAAAUAGAAAUGACAGAUGAAACUCAGUCUUAGAAAGAAUUCUAAAAAAUUUCGUCAAUGAUAAUAAAGGACUUUCCUGUUUUCAGUUCUCCUCCCACGAAGGGUAUGAGAAAAUUGGCAUCAGAUAUAACUAAUAAUACAUUUAUGUUAACAUGCAUGUACUUAUUUUUAAUAUUGGAUUUAUGCAUCUUACUAUUAUUUGAAUCAGAUAUGAGUGAGGAGUAUUUCAGAACUGUAAACAAUAUCCAUAAUGCUUUUACUGUAUUAUAUGUAAUUUGGGUAUUUCUGUUAUUUUUGGCUUUGGGAGUAGGUAGGUUUUUCGAUAAUUAUUGGAGGCGAUUUUAUUUUUUCUUGAUUAUAGUAUCGAUAAUAGACUUUAUUGCGGACUAUUCAGUUGAUUGGAUUAUGAUUUAUUACAAAUCGACCCCACAUGAUAGUGGUUAUCAAUUGUUGAGAUUGUUUUUUAGUUUGAGGAGUUUAAGAGUUAUUCUGAUAUUCCAAGGACUCAUCAAUUUGUAAAGAUUAAUGAGAGUGAUGGUGUUUGCGCUGCCAUUUUUAGGCAAGAUAUUUACAAUUUUAAUGAUUGCAAUGCUUAUUUUUGCAUUGAUAGGAUGUUAAUUGUAUGGUGAAAUUGAUAGUGGAGCUGUAAUGGAUGAUCAAAUCAAUUUUCAAAAUGUAGCUUAGGCUCUACUUGCCUUAUUUAAAUGCGCAUCUGGAGAUGAUUGGAGAACAAUAAUGACAGAUACGAUGUAACAUAACCCUUUGUGUUUAGAAGAUCCAAAAUAUUGUGGAAAUGUUAACAAUUAAUAUUUUUUCUUUUUGUUCAUGCUCUUGUCGAAUUAUGUGCUGCUUAAUCUGUUUGUGCUUGGACUUAUUGAACAAUUUGAACAAUUCUUUUAAUUGCAAAAUUCACUCAUCUAAACAUAUGUUGAAAAUGUGGAUAAGAUCAAAACUGUAUGGUGUAAGUACUCGUCGGAAACCUAAGGGUAAGCUAUGAAUUAUAAGUUUCUAUGCAAGUUCCUAUUAGAUAUAGGAAAACCUCUAGGAGGAAGCAAAGAAGAGAAUCUUUGGGAUGUAGCUAAAUUGGCUUCGUCAUUCAAAUUGAAAUGGUAUUAGUUGUUCUCUACAUUAUUAGUGAUCUUUAUGGCUAUAUCCAGUAUAAUCAAUUGAUGUAUGAACUCUUUAGGAGAUGUUUCAUCAACGAAGUUUUCAGAGAAGGCACUGAAUCUUCGAUAGUAAAAAUCAAGCAAUUCAACAAAGAAAUGUAGUUGAGAUUGAUGUACUAUAGAAAAAAUAGAUUAUUGGAGAGAACCAAUAUUGGUCCUAGUAAAUAAUUAAAAGCUAAUUUCAACAUCUUACAUGACUAUUUGACUGUCCUGAUUCUAUUUAAAACUUGGGAAUCAUACUCCAAGUUAGUGUUUCUUAAGAUUGCCAAAGAUGGCAACUUUUCAGAUUGUGAUGAUAUCAGUAUUAAAAUUGAUAAAGUCAGUAAAUAAAAGUAUAAUUAAAUUUUUAUUAUUCUAGUUUCAACAUUUACAAUGAUGAUGAUGACAUGUCUGAUUCUGAUAAUUAGACACAAAAUCAAUAGAGUAAAUAGUUAUCCUAGAUGUUUAAUAACACAGUCAAUCAAAUGUAAUAUAGUUAAAGCAUCAGAAGCAGUCCAAAAAGCUAAAAAAAGAAUAGUGUCAGAAAUGCCAGUUUCAAAAAGAAUCAUAAAAUGAAAGUCAAAAAAAAGGACAAUUAGAACAGUAGUUUGAGUCAACGAAUCAUUGAUCCAACAGAAUAUAUUGCAUAAACAAAACAUUAAACUACUUUACAAAGUCAAGAUCACUAAGAUUAAGAAUAACUACCAAUUUACAGAAAUUAAUUUGAUCUCUCUCUACAAAAUGAAUAUUAGCUAGGUACCUUAUUAAGUGCGAAAAGAAAGCAAUGA